UAAACGGUCGUGCGCAUGCGCAGGAGGACUCGCAGGCUUCCGUCUGAAGACACCGAUAUGGCAGAGCUGCACAGACGUCAGGAGCGCGGCGGCAGAAACUUGUCACCCGAGGGAGCAUCUCCCAGAAACAAAGGAGACACUAAUGGUGACAGCCCAACGGUGUUUCUGAAGCUGCUGGUUGCGGGAUUUUACGGAGUCAGCUCGUUUCUCAUCGUUGUUGUCAACAAAAGCGUCCUCACCAGCUACAGAUUUCCAUCGUCAGCAUGUGUUGGAAUCGGUCAAAUGCUGGCUACAAUUGUAGUGCUGAGGAGUGGGAAAAUGUUGGGCAUCAUCUCAUUUCCAGAUAUGGAUUUGAGUAUACCUGGCAAGAUGUUCCCAUUGCCUCUACUGUAUGUUGGGAAUCAAAUAUCAGGACUAUUUGGGACACAGCGACUCAAUUUACCUAUGUUUACAGUUCUGAGGAGGUUCAGUAUUUUUCUCACCAUGGUGUUUGAAGGUCUCUUGUUGAAGAAAACUUUCUCUACGCCAGUUAAAAUCACAGUGUUCACCAUGAUCUUUGGUGCUUUUAUUGCUGCCAGCGCCGAUUUAACCUUUGACCUUGAAGGAUACAUAUUCAUAAUGCUGAACAAUGUCCUGACAGCGGCCAGCGGUGCGUACGUGAAGCAGAAACUUGACUCCAAGGAGCUGGGCAAAUAUGGGCUUCUAUACUACAAUGCUUUGAUAAUGAUUUUCCCUACUAUGGCAUACGCUUACUACUCAGGAGACUUACAAAUGGGGUUGGACUACAAUGGAUGGUCUGAUCAGCUGUUUGUUGCGCAGUUUGUGCUCUCCUGUGUCAUGGGAUUUAUUUUAAUGUACUCCAUCAUGCUGUGCACACAGUACAACUCAGCACUCACCACCUCCAUUAUAGGCUGCAUUAAGAAUAUUCUUGUGACCUACAUUGGAAUGGUGUUUGGUGGAGAUUACAUAUUCACCUGGACCAACUUCAUAGGUCUAAACAUCAGCAUCGCCGGGAGCCUGGUGUACUCCUAUAUCACCUUCACACAGGAGCAAACAAAAAAAGCGUAAACCACGGAGUCCUGAUCCGACACUGAAGAACUAAGUACGUCCAGAACACAUUUUAUAUUCUGUGAGCUGCAUGUGGCUAUAUCCAUUUUUAAACCAUGUUUUACAAACACUUAUGUAUUUUCUGCAUUUUGUCAGCACUCAAGUUUUUGCUGCAAUCAUGGAAAGUUAUUUGCUGAGACACGAUAAUCAGCUUCUAUGUCUAUAAUUAUGACACAGUGCCUUAACUUUAUUGUAACUGUAUUUCACUGAUUAAAAACAAAGGCAGGACCAUUUUUAUAAUA